AUGUUCAUUAGAAAUGAAAAGAUCGAAUCUCUCAAUUUAUUCAUACGUCCGGUCAUAUCAACGGAUAUUUAUGAUCUGAAAGUUCUAUUCUCCGAUUGCAGUCUCUUCCAACGAGCAACCAUCGACUUUUCCAUGUAUUAUUUCACAUUUCGACCUAAACAUUCGUAUAUAAUCACAUCCAAACACGGACUUCUCGCUCAUGCCUCGAUUAAACAAUGGAAUCUCACGAAGAAUUCACCGGCAAUUGUACUCAUGCUUGGUCUCGUCUAUGUCCGAUCAGAUUAUCGAAAGUUCGGUAUCGGAGAAUUGCUCACGAACUAUGUCCUGAAACUCAAGUCAGACGAUCCCGUUUGUAUCCAUGCAAAUAUCCUAACGCAGCAUUUACCAUUUUAUAUUCGUUAUGAUUUUCAAGCGUCGUUUUCGCUAGUUGGUUUAGUUGGUAAAUUAAAUGAAUUUUAUAAUCUAACCAAUGUCAUCGAGGAAGAAAUUCUCAUUCAACAAUACGAACUAUCCGAUAUACUCGAUAUCGCUGCGUAUGAUAGUCAUAUUUAUCCGACGUACCGAAUUCAUUACUUUGAACAAUUGCGUGAGCAUAUCUAUUCAAUUGCUGGUUAUGUCGCACGUUCGAUAAAGACGAAUGCCAUCUUAGGAUAUGUUAUUCUCAACUUCAGUCAAGAAUUCAUCAAAUGUGGACCAUUGUAUGCAGAAAAUAUCAACAUAGCGCUGUUAUUGUUGAGACAAUGUGCGACUGAUUAUGAUGGUAUGAUGUUGCUAGCUUUACCUGAAGAUAAUCGAAUUGCCAUGAAAAUGUUCGAGUCGAAACAUUAUAGACAGACGCAUAUUCUUCAUCGGGUUCAUACAGGCAACGAAAUUCUUUUCCAAGACAAAGUCUUCGAACGUAUUUGGGCAAUUACAGACGACUGGCUCUCGUUAAUUUGA